AUGGAUAAUAAAACAGAUCCCAUUGUGUGCUUCCCUGGAGAUAGGUUGUGUACGUCUAAUGAGAAUACAAUCCCUGGUAAUGGAACUUAUGAAAGACUAGGAUACAUUUAUUCUUCACUUGCCGGCAUCGUGGAAACAAAAACAGAAGAUAAAAAUACUAUUAUAAGUGUCGUGACAUCUGGAAACAAAACAAAUCUCCCGAUUGUGGGAGAUGUUGUUACAGCACGAGUUGAAAUUGUAAAUCAGAGAUUUGCAAAAUGUUCUGUAAUAUGUAUUGGCGAUAUGCUUUUGAAUCGUCCUCUUCGUGGAAUAUUAAGAAAAGAGGAUGUUCGCGCAACUGACAUUGAUCGUGUGGAAAUGUAUAAGAAUUACAGACCAAAUGACAUAAUUUUGGCUAAAAUUAUUCCUCAAAUUGAGAUUCACACAUAUAGUUUAUCGACAGCAGAGAACGAAUUAGGUGUAGUGAUUGCAUCCGCCAGAGGACUUGCAACUUCAUCCAACACAUAUAUUCCAGUUCCAAUGGUACCAAUUUCUUGGAGUGAAAUGCAAUGUCCUAACACACUUGUUAAGGAACCAAGAAAAGUUGCAAAGAUUAUGUCCGAAAAUGCAUUGGCUAAACAACAAUAA